AUGUCCUACAAGAUGUUCUCUCUUGAGAAACUUGAUCUUGGUGGAUUUCCUGAUAAUUUUGCUCCUUCUAAAGGUACAAAGGUUGCUGGAGAAGGAAAUGCAAAGAAACGAACUCGAACUCGUUCCUUAGGAGGUGAAAACGGUGGAGAAUCAGAGGAGAUCACUUCACUUUAUUCUGGCCUCAGCUUCGACAACCAGAAGGAUAAUACAGCUGAGGAAAGAAUUUCCUCGUCCAAGUAUCAGCACGAACUGCAACUGCAGCAGUUUGUGGACUUUGGAGGUUUGGAUAAUCUGUACUUUGAUGUAGUCUCUCCACCAUUUCAAUCAUGUUCUGAGGAGAUAAGAAAACUAUUUAAUACCAAGCCUGGAAAUCCAGAGUUUGUUGAAUCCUGCAAGGAGAAGCCACAUGCAACCUCUCUGGAGAUUCUGAAGAACUAUGGAAGUAGGCUGCGAAGACUGAAUGGUGAAAAGAUAAACAUAUCCCACUUUGACGUUGCAAGCACUGGGAUAAGCAAGAAAAAGCUAUCAACUCUUGCAAUUUUGCUCUUAGCUGGAGAAAAUUUCAUUCAUACAUCUAAUUCCACAGCAAAGAGUGAACUCUCCACUCUUAGUCACCCAUAUGCCAGUUCAUUUCUUGGCCUCUCUGAGGAAGACACUAAAGAUGUACAACUUGUCCAGCAUCUUCUAGCUGCUGCUGAGAAAAGAAACUGGAAGAUCUAG